AUGGUGCUGGCAUUGAUGAGCUUUGGAUGGUUUGUAAUGUGGAAGAUGUAUCUAUCAAAGUAUGAGUUUGUCAGAGAGUUGUUAGGCUAUAAGAAGGAGUUCAAGCCAAAGCCAAAAGGAAAGAGGACUGCCCCUGUCAAGCUAAGCUUUGAUGACGACACAGGUAUAAAACAACAAUGA